AGUGUCAAGAGACGAAGCCUGCAUGCGGGCACUGCGUGAAGCAAGGGCUUAAGUGCGAAUACCCCACGCUGCCGACAAUUGUGCAUCAGCCACAACACAAGAUCCCCCUAUUCAGCCUCCAGGACAUGCGCUUCUUUCAGCACUUCCUCCUCAACUGCUACCCGCACCACCCGAUCGGGUCCGAAGAGAUCUGGACGCACGAGAUCCCGUGUCUUUCGGAAAAGGCAUGAACCCCAUUCUGUUCUCUGCUACAACUCCAACGUUUGCAAUCUUCUCUGUGGUGUCAUAUACGCAGACGCAAACAGACACGCGCACAUCGACUAACAGUGUCGCAAAACCCAGUAUGAAUAUCUGAUGCACGCCAUCCUGGGCUAUGCCGCGUCGGAGCUCAUGACCAGGCAAGACCGGUCGCUGGCCGAAGCGGCCAUGUCGCACCGGUACAAGGCCAUUAAAGCCAUCAAGAAAUCUCUCGCCCAGUCGUCCUCCAUCUCCCCCUCCCCCUCCCCUGACAGCGGCCGUAGAACCCCACCCGCCACAACGUCGUCGUCGUCGCCGGCCGCACGAAACAGCAACGACGAGGGCGGAGGCGGCAGAGGAGGCGGCAGAGGAGGAGGAGGAGGAGGAGGAAAAGACGACCCCAUGUUCGAGGAGGGCAACGCGCUCAUGGCGACGUGCUUCGCGCUGACGUACCAAUCGGUGCUGCUCGAGGACGGCAUGGUCGAGUACAUGACCUUCAUCCGCGGCAUAAUCAUAGUGGCGAUCCAGAUGUACUGCCGCGGCGCCCACCUGCUCUUCGGUCAAUUCCUGGGCGACCGCCAGCAGGAGACCCUCGAGCCGCACAUGCGCGACCUGCCGCUGAUCGACGCCGACUGGACCGCCCGCGCCGUCCGCGCCGUCGAGGACCUGCGGCCCCUGGUCGACGGGGUCGAGGGGAGGGAAGUUGAGCGGCGGUACUGGGAGCUCCUGGGCGAGAUGGGCAGGAGGCUGAGCGUUAGUUCUUGGAAGGCAUACCUCGCGCUGUCGGAGCACUACGCAUGGUGGAUGAUGCUCCCCCACAACAAGUUCCAGCGGCUGAUCGACCCCGAAAACCAGGUGGCCGUCGUGCUGGGAGCACACUGGAUCGCCUUCGAGCAGAUCAUGGCCACCAUCUGCCAGGCCGAACAGAGGGCCGCGGCCAAGAUGCCCAACCGGUCCGGCACGGGGGUCAGCCUGGGCAACAUCGGAUGGCUCAGGUAUCUCAACUCGCAGGUCGACCCGGAGCAUCGGCCGUACAACGAAUGGCCGAUGUGGGUCGAGGCGCAGCUCAAUCGUGACCCGGGCUUCUUUGGCAAGUGCCGGUGAAGGAACGGGUGUCUGCUCAAGACCGUACAACCUCGUAUAAUAGAGUGAAGCGGUCGCUGCCAAAUAACGUUUGUUUCGAGAUACAAGGCAAAGAAAUUAAAAAAAGACAAAGGACACAAGAAAACCUGAAAAUAAUAAUAAUAAAAUAGGGAAACUUGGAACAAUAACGGUUGCGGCGUCUAGCGCUGAUGGAUUCACUGCUCCGGUCCGAAGUCCAGUUUGUUUUCAGUAUACGGAUUAAUACU